GCACUUCCGGACCAAGGGUGAGGCAGAUGCCUUAGACAUAGAUUAUGAGUUUUGGAGGAAUUCCAGUACCAGGCAAACCUGGGACCUUUUUAAAGAAAAACUUCCACGGAUGUAUGGAAAAUCUUUACUACAAUGGAAUAAACAUAAUUGACCUGGCUAAAAGACGAAAACACCAGAUUUACACUGUGGGCAAUGUCACUUUUUCCUGCUCCGAACCACAAAUUGUUCCCAUCACAUUUAUCAACUCCAGCAGCAGUUAUUUGCUGCUGCCCGGCACCCCCCAAAUUGAUGGGCUCUCAGUGGGUUUCCAGUUUCGAACAUGGAACAAGGAUGGUCUGCUUCUGUCCACAGAGCUGUCUGAGGGCUCGGGGACCCUGCUGCUGAGCUUGGAAGGCGGGACCCUGAGACUCCUGAUUCAGAAAACGACAGAACGGGCAGCUGAAAUCCUCACAGGCAACGGCUUGAAUGACGGCCUAUGGCAUUCAGUCAGCGUCAACGCCAGAAGGAACCGCAUCACUCUCACCCUGGAUAACGACGCAGCGUCCCCUGCUCAAGACGCCACCCGGAUACAGAUUUAUUCCGGAAGUAGCUACUACUUUGGAGGGUGCCCUGACAAUCUCACCGCUUCCCAAUGCUUAAAUCCCAUUAAGGCUUUCCAAGGCUGCAUGAGGCUCAUCUUUAUUGAUAACCAGCCCAAGGACCUCAUUUCAGUUCAGCAAGGUUCCCUGGGGAAUUUUAGUGAUUUACACAUUGAUCUGUGUAGCAUCAAAGACAGGUGUUUACCAAACUACUGUGAACAUGGAGGAAGCUGCUCCCAGUCGUGGACUACCUUCUAUUGCAACUGCAGUGACACAGGUUACACUGGCACCACCUGUCAUCACUCCCUCUAUGAGCCAUCCUGCGAGGUGUACAGGCACCAGGGGAACACGGCUGGUUUCUUCUUCAUCGACCCUGAUGGCAGCGGGCCGCUGGGACCUCUCCAAGUGUACUGCAAUGUCACAGAGGACAAGAUCUGGACAUCAAUGCAGCACAACAACACAGAGCUGACCCAUGUACGGGGUGCUAGCCCCGAGAAGCCCUACUCCAUGGCUUUGGACUAUGGGGGCAGCAUGGAGCAGCUGGAGGCGGUGAUUGACAAUUCUGAACACUGUGAGCAGGAAGUGGCCUACCACUGCAGGAGGUCCCGCCUGCUCAACACACCAGAUGGAGUCCCAUUUACCUGGUGGAUUGGGCGGUCCAAAGAAAGGCACCCUUACUGGGGAGGUGCUCCUCCUGGAGUUCAGCAAUGUGAAUGUGGCCUGGAUGAGAUUUGCCUGGACAUUCGGCACUUUUGCAAUUGUGAUGCUGACAAGGAUGAAUGGACAAAUGAUUCUGGCUUUCUCUCCUUCAAAGACCACUUGCCUGUCACUCAGAUAGUUAUUACUGAUACCAACAGAUCAAACUCAGAAGCUGCUUGGAGAAUUGGUCCAUUGCGUUGCUAUGGUGACCGACACCUCUGGAACGCAGUCUCAUUUUAUACAGAAGCCUCUUACCUCCACUUUCCCACCUUCCAUGCGGAAUUCAGUGCCGAUAUUUCCUUUUUUUUUAAAACCAUGGCUUUAUCUGGAGUUUUUCUAGAAAACCUUGGCAUUACAGACUUCAUCCGACUUGAAAUAAGCUCUCCUUCCAAGGUCACUUUUGCCAUUGAUGUUGGGAAUGGCCCCGUAGAACUCGUGGUCCAGUCUCCUUCUCUUCUGAAUGACAACCAAUGGCAUUACGUUCAUGCAGAGAGGAACCUCCAGGUGACCUCGCUCCAGGUGGACAGCCUCCCGAGGAUGACCAGGGAGACUUCAGAGGAUGGUCAUUUCCGACUGCAGCUGAACAGCCCAUUGUUUGUAGGGGGAACAUCAUCAAAACAGAAAGGCUUCCUGGGAUGCAUGCGUUCCUUACACUUGAAUGGGCAGAAACUGGACCUGGAGGAGAGGGCCAAGGUCACAUCUGGAGUCCGGCCAGGAUGCCCAGGCCAUUGCAGCAGCUAUGGUAGCAUCUGCCAUAAUGGGGGCAAGUGUGUGGAGAAACGCAGCGGAUACUUAUGCGAUUGCACCAGUUCACCAUAUGAAGGGCCCUUCUGCAAAAAAGAGGUUUCUGCUGUUUUUGAGGUUGGCACUUCAGUUACUUAUAUGUUUCAAGAACCUUACCCAGUGACCAAGAAUAUAAGCCUCUCAUCCUCAGCAAUUUACUCGGAGUUAGCUCCAUCUAAGGAAAACAUCGCAUUUAGUUUUGUGACCUCCCAGACACCCAGCCUCUUGCUUUACAUCAAUUCUUCCUCUCAGGACUUCCUGGCCAUCCUGCUCUGCAAGAAUGGAAGCUUACAAGUUCACUAUCAGCUGAGCAAGGAAGAAACCCAUGUAUUCACCAUUGAGGUAGAGAACUUUGCCAACAGAAAGAUGCACCACUUGAAGAUCAACCGAGAGGGAAGAGAGCUUACUAUUCAGAUGGAUCAGCAACUCCGACUCAGUUAUAACUUCUCCCCAGAAGUGGAGUUCAGGGCUGUAAGGUCACUCACCUUGGGCAAAGUCACAGAGAAUCUUGGAUUGGACUCUGAAGUUGCUAAAGCGAACACCCUGGGUUUUGUUGGUUGCCUGUCUUCAGUCCAGUACAAUCAUAUCACACCCCUGAAGGCAGCUCUGCGCCAUGUCACCAUUGCACCUGUGACUGUCCAUGGGACCUUGACAGAAUCCAGCUGUGGCUCGCUGAUGGAUUUGGAUGUGAAUGCAGUGACCACGGUGCAUUCUUCAUCAGAUCCCUUUGGGAAGAGAGAUGAGCGGGAGCCACUCACCAAUGCCGUUCGAAGUGAUUCAGCCGUCAUUGGAGGAGUAAUCGCAGUUGUGAUAUUCAUCAUCUUCUCCAUCAUCGGCAUCAUGACCCGGUUCCUUUACCAGCAUAAGCAGUCACAUCAUACUAACCAGAUAAAGGAGAAAGAAUAUCCAGAAAAUUUGGACAGUUCUUUUAGAAAUGACAUUGACUUGCAAAACACAGUAAGCGAGUGUAAGCGGGAAUAUUUCAUCUGAAAAACUGCAGGGUCACCUAAUACUCUUCUGUUGUGUUGUUAAAAUUUUUCUCCUUCUCCUCUUCCUCCUGUCUCUUAAUUCUGGUCAUUCCCCUUCUCUUAUUUGUUUGCCAUUGAUUUUUGGAGCAUACCCACCUCCACCACAGCAUUUAUCCCCCUGACCCAGCCCCGAAGACCAGACAGCUAUGGCCACUGUCUUCAACAAAUCUAUCGUGGUGAUAAAGAUCACUUAGUAGACUGACUUUACUACUCCAGACAAGGAAGAGACAUGUGUACAUAUUCAGUUCUGCAUUUCUGGUUUCAAAGAUGCACUCCUCAGUUCCGCAGUCAUUCAGUCUUGCUGGCUUACUUUGAACCCGAGCUCUGUGACUUAGACAUAGAACAGUCAUCUUGGACAUCCUCCCCAUCUCAAGUCCAUUCCUACCAGGGAACUCAGGGUAGAGAAGGAAGAUGCGCCAGGCCCGGUUUCCUUCAGUGGCACUUUAAAAGGAACAAAAGAGCUUUGCUUUGUGGUUAUUUUCCUUCCCAUAAUAAAUGGGCUACCAAAGGAAGCCCAUUGCCCUAACUCAGCACCCUUUUUCACUCUGACUGUUAUACCCCAAGUAAUUUCCAAUAUAGGAUUCCUGAUAGUAUGAGCUAUUACUUUGCUCCUUUCUUGCCACUCUCUCCUGGGGUUGAUACUUCAGACAGCACACUCUAGCAUAAAUCUAGGACAAGCAUGGGAAAUAGUAGCUUAAACUAGGGGGUAAAAAGUACUGCUAGGAAGUAGAUGUUCUAUAACUUCAAAAAAUGCUGCUUCCAAUUUUGUAAGAAAUGGUAGCUAGCUAAUUCCUGGGAUUAUUAUACUGAGGUAUACAUAUAUAUACAAAAAAUCAAAUACAAGUCUAAAAUAGUACCUGUUUCCAUGAAAGAGUUUAAGCCAUCUUAACUCAGCAGAAGAAAGAAAGAAGGAAGGUAGGAAGGAAGGAAGGAAGGAAGGAAGGAAGGAAGGA